AUGAUCAAGACUACAAACGAGAAAGGGAAGGGCUAUACAGUCUCCUACAAUGGUAUAUUAUACUCAUUCAUAUUGACAGUCAUCGCCGUCUAUGCUUUAUACAAAUUGUUUACAGGACAUGGAACAGACAUUGAUUUCGGGAAGUUCUUAUUGAAGACCUCUCCUUAUAUGUGGGCCAACCUGGGGAUUGCCAUGUGUAUUGGUCUGAGUGUUGUUGGUGCCGCAUGGGGUAUUUUCAUUACUGGUUCCUCUAUCAUUGGUGCAGGUGUCGCUGCUCCAAGAAUCACUACUAAGAAUUUAAUCUCUAUUAUUUUUUGUGAAGUUGUCGCUAUCUAUGGUUUAAUUAUCUCCAUCGUAUUCUCUUCAAAAUUGACUGUAGCAUCAGCUGACACAAUGUUUUCUAAGUCAAAUCUAUAUACAGGGUUUUCAUUAUUUUGGGCUGGGAUCACCGUUGGGGCUUGUAAUUUGAUUUGUGGUAUCGCUGUUGGUGUCACAGGUGCUACUGCUGCUAUCUCCGAUGCUGCAGACUCUGCAUUAUUCGUGAAGAUCUUAGUCGUGGAAAUUUUCGGAUCUAUCUUGGGUCUGUUAGGGUUAAUUGUCGGUUUAUUGAUGGCUGGUAAAGCAAGCGAUUUCCAAUGA